AUGGUCAUUUCAAGAUGUGGAAAUAAACAAAACGGUUCUGUUUGGGCCAAGUCGUUGCUGCAUCCAACUGUUUCUCUUGGUAUUCAGCCGCAGGAUGUCCAUAGCUUCCAGAUUUCUGUUUUGGUUCUUUUCGAUCAGAUAUGGCUCUCCCGUAACUCUCUUAUUCAUGGUGGAUCCCAUCCUGACCCGGAAGCUGUGUUGAAGAAGAUUCGCACUACUACUCUCCACCAUCUUCAUGCAUGGAAGUCUGGAGAUGCCCUCUCUGCAGAAUGGCUUUCCCCUCCUCCUGGUUCUCUUAAGGCUAAUUUUGAUGUGGCCAUUAGGCCUAAUUUUGCUGUAGCUGCAGCAACUCUCAGAGAUCAUGAAGGUAACUUCUUGGCUGUGUGCUCCAAAAAAUUGCCGUCUAUGGAUGCUAAUUUGGGUGAAGCUCAUGGGGCUCUGUUGGCUACUUCUCUCGCUGUCUCAGUAGGUUGUUCCUCUUUGAUUUUAGAGGGUGAUUCCCUCCUGUCUAUUGUAGCUAUCAAAGACCCACACCUUUUCUCUGAUUGGGUUUCGGCUCCUGUGAUCUCUGAUACUCUUGAUCUUCUGCUCUCCAUUCCUGUUUGGUCAGCUUUGAAGAUUUCUCGUAGUGCAAAUGUUUGUGCACAUAAUGUAGCUAGAUGGGCCGCUUCCCACCAUGUGUUUGGAAGCAUUCCCACUUCUUCUUCUUUUCUUAGUUCUGUUCGUUUUAGGAGUGGCAAGGACCCUCCCUUGUAG